GGAAAACCCACGGCAGGACUUAGACGCAGAGUAGAAAUCGUAUUAUUGAGACGCUGCUUGUUGAAAAAGUUGAUACCAAUCAAGAAUCUCUUAAAUUGUACCCUGAAAAGCCAGAAUGGAGCUAUCAAUGCCCCCACCUCAGAUCUAUGUAGAAAAGACUCUGGCCAUUAUCAAACCAGAUAUUGUUGACAAAGAGGAGGAGAUACAAGAUAUUAUUCUCAGAUCUGGAUUCACCAUUGUUCAGAGAAGAAAACUGCAUCUCAGCCCUGAGCACUGUAGUAACUUUUAUGUGGAACAGUAUGGGAAAAUGUUUUUCCCCAAUUUAACAGCUUACAUGAGUUCUGGACCACUUGUUGCCAUGAUACUAGCUAGACAUAAAGCCAUCUCUUACUGGAAAGAACUCUUGGGACCAAGUAAUAGCUUAGUAGCUAAGGAGACACACCCAGACAGUCUAAGGGCAAUUUAUGGCACAGAUGAGCUAAGGAAUGCACUUCAUGGAAGUAAUGAUUUUGCUGCAGCAGAAAGAGAAAUGCGAUUCAUGUUUCCUGCAGUGAUCGUUGAGCCCAUUCCAGUUGGACAAGCUGCUAAGGACUAUUUAAAUUUGUAUGUAACGCCAACUCUGCUUAAAGGACUUGCAGAGCUUUGUAAGCAAAAACCAGCAGAUCCUUUUAUUUGGCUGGCUGAUUGGUUGCUGAAAAAUAAUCCCAACAAACCCAAACUUUGUCAUCAUCCAGUUGCAGAAGAACCUUAUUAAAAUAAAGCCCUCAAAGAACAAAUCACGAACUAUCUCACUGUAAAAGGCAUGCUUCUACUUAAGAAAAAAGUAACUCCUAAGGGUUUAAGUAACUACAUGUGAAAUAAAUUAUUUCUUAAAAAUAAAUUUUAAAAGAAUAACUAUUUCGUGCAGCAGAUAACAUUAUCUAAAGUAAAAUAUUGGUUUAGGGUAUGAUUUUUUUUCUAAUAAGAAAAUUGUAUUAGCAGGAUUUAGAAUGUCAACAAAGUAACUGCAACUUUUUAUUUUUACAGUUACAAAGUGGUAUUCAGUUAAGAGAACAAUAAUUCAUAUAGGAUGCAUCAGAGACAACUGAAGAUAAUACGAUACCAUUUCUAUAUAUAGCUGAUUUUUGCUGUGCACCAAUAAGAACCUACUUUAAAUUUCUCUGCCAAUUUACAACCCCCAUAAUGUACUAGGCAAGGUUAGUAGCUAUUGAAAAUACCACCAGGACAGGGGUAGCUAAAGGCACAUUUGGUAGUAUGUUAACUAUACACAAAAGACACUAUACAGUUUAAAAACAAGUUUUGCACAGCUUUACAGUGCAAGACAUGGCCCUCCAUCUCUCUGAGGACUUUUGGAAAACUCUGAGAAGGUGACUGGGUACUUCUUGUGCUCCUUCUGGCAGGUUUGCCCAAAGAAUGCAUAUGAUGGUGCUUCUUGGUCUCUUAGGAUAUCCUUUCUCAUAUUUAGUUAUUUUUCCUCCAUGAGUCACAGUCAUCCAGUGCCCAUCUGACUCUCACUUGCCCUGGUGCUGUCUCUGUGGAGCUCAUUGUGUUGCAAUGGCUGUCGAUUUAGGAUAUGAUUUUAACAAUGAUGUAAGCAUUAAGUAAUAAAAGGCUGAUGUAA